AUGUCCCAAAUCAUCUUUGGGACCGUGGAGGAGGUAAAGCUGAUGUCGGCUGUGGACAAAACAGAGAGGAAGAAGUACAUGGGCGUGUGCAGGCGGGGGUCAGAGCUGAUGGCCAGCACGAUGAGCAGAUUCUCCGUGAUUGUGACCAGGUGUCUCUGCGCUGUGGACCCACACAAUGUCACAGGGGCCGUGGAGUUCCUCCUCCUGGGGCUCUCAGAUGACCCUCGAGUCCAGCUGGUCCUCUUCGGCCUCUUCCUGUCCAUGUAUCUGGUCACCGUCAUGGGGAACCUGCUCAUCGUGCUGGCCAUCAGCUCUGACCCCCGCCUGCAUACGCCCAUGUACUUCUUCCUUUCUGUUUUGUCCACAGCCGACAUCGGCUUUACCUCCUCCACAAUCCCAAAGGUGAUUUGGGACAUUCACACUCAGAGCAGAAAUAUCUCUCAUGCCGGCUGCCUGGUGCAGCUGUCCCUUUUUAUCCUUUUUGGGUGUUUGGACAGUGUCAUUCUAGGGGUGAUGGCCUAUGAUCGCUUCAUGGCCAUCUGCCACCCCCUGCACUACCCUGUCAUCAUGAACCCCCGUCUCUGUGGCUGGCUGAUUCUGGGGUCUGUCUGCAUCAGUCUGUUGGACUCGCAGCUGCAUUGCUUGAUGAUAUCACAGCUCAUCUUUUGCACCCAGGCGGCAAUCCCUCACUUCUUCUGUGACCCCCCACAAAUUCUCAAGCUGGCCUGUGGGGACAUCUUUACUGAUAACCUGGUUAUGUAUUUUCUUGGUGCUAUUCUGGGAGGUGUUCCAGUCUCAGGAAUUUUUUAUUCUUACACGAGAAUUGUGUGCUCUGUUUUGAGAAUCUCAUCCACAGGUGGGCGGUCCAAAGCCUUCUCCACCUGUGGCUCUCACCUGUCUGUGGUUUGCUUGUUUUAUGGGACAGGCAUGGGGGUGUACCUCAGCUCAGCUGUUUCCCAGUCCCCCCGGAAAGGGGCAGUGGCCUCAGUGAUGUACACCAUGGUUGUCCCCAUGCUCAACCCCUUUAUCUACAGCCUGAGAAACCAGGACAUCAAGAGGGCCUUCCAGAAGCUUCUCAGAAGGACAGUUUAG